CUAACUUCCGGUGCGUCAGCCGGUUCCUGUCUCUGCCUUUCACUUCCGGUGCCUUCUGUGGCGCUGCGGCUGGUUCCUGCGUCCGCCGCCGAGGGCCCCACCGCUCUCCAGGUGUAUUUUUCUGAACAAAAGUUGCCUCAACAUAUGUUUUAAGGAUGGCUCUCCCUAUCAUAGUAAAAUGGGGUGGGCAGGAAUAUUCAGUGACCACACUUUCAGAAGAUGAUACUGUGCUGGAUCUCAAACAGUUUCUCAAGACCCUUACAGGAGUGCUACCAGAACGACAGAAAUUACUUGGACUUAAAGUUAAAGGCAAACCUGCAGAAAAUGAUGUUAAGCUUGGAGCUCUCAAACUGAAACCAAAUACUAAAAUCAUGAUGAUGGGAACUCGUGAGGAGAGCUUGGAAGAUGUCUUAGGUCCACCUCCUGACAAUGAUGAUGUUGUCAAUGACUUUGAUAUUGAAGAUGAAGUAGUCGAAGUAGAAAAUAGGGAAGAAAACCUACUGAAAAUUUCUCGUAGAGUGAAAGAGUACAAAGUGGAAAUUUUGAAUCCACCCAGGGAAGGGAAAAAGCUUUUGGUACUAGACGUUGAUUAUACGUUAUUUGACCAUAGGUCUUGUGCAGAGACUGGGGUAGAAUUAACGCCAUAUCUUCAUGAAUUCCUAACAUCUGCAUAUGAGGAUUAUGACAUUGUUAUUUGGUCUGCAACAAAUAUGAAGUGGAUUGAAGCUAAAAUGAAAGAGCUGGGAGUGAGCACAAAUGCAAAUUAUAAGAUUACCUUCAUGUUGGACAGUGCCGCUAUGAUAACAGUGCAUACGCCAAGGAGAGGAUUAAUAGAUGUAAAGCCUCUUGGCGUUAUAUGGGGGAAGUUUUCAGAGUUUUACAGCAAAAAGAACACCAUUAUGUUUGAUGACAUCGGAAGAAAUUUUCUAAUGAACCCACAGAAUGGACUAAAGAUAAGGCCUUUUAUGAAAGCUCACCUAAAUCGAGAUAAAGACAAAGAACUUUUAAAAUUAACUCAGUACCUCAAGGAAAUAGCAAAAUUAGAUGACUUUUUGGACCUAAAUCACAAAUAUUGGGAAAGAUAUCUCUCAAAGAAGCAAGGACAGUAGUUCCAAGUUAUGCUGGCAGUUAUUGAAGAUACUUGAGAUCCACGAACUCUUGCUUUUAUGCUAGAAAUCAUUAUAGUAGUGCUGGACACUGAAGCAAAUACCAGACUGCUUAUACUUGGUCUUCCAGUUUUUUGUAAAUUUAAUUUUAUAUUUUUUGAAGAUCACAGCAAUAUGCUAAAAAUAUUCUUUUUUCCCUAUGUGAAUAUAUUGUUACUCGUGAAAAAUAUUUUCUCCAGGAUUGAGUACUGAGGUGUACCCCUCACUCCCCACUCACACAAAAAAAGUAGACAGAAAUGUAUACUCAAUAAUAUCAUUUUGAGAUUUUGGAAACAAUCUAUGUUUUAUGUUCCUGCCUUAUUUGUGUUGUUGUUGGACUAAAUCUAAGACCAAUUCCAUCUUGAAACAACUGCUUUUCCUUUUAAAACAAAAUACCUACAUAUGUAUGUAUAUAUAUGUAUUUUCAGGAAGGAACCUAGUUUGGUAUGAUUAAAAGCACCAAUUUUUUAAAAAUUCUUUUGUCAUAGACACAAUUUCUCUUCUUAUCCACUAUUGACAUCUCUAAAUUGUGAGCUGUCUGGUUGUAUGUGUGUCAGUGUUUGAGUAAAACUGGAAAAUGUCAGCUGCAAUACCAAUAUGUCAUAGUAUGAAAAAUAGAAAACAUAAGAUUGAAAAAUAAAACUAAGAAACAAGAAUGUUUCUUUUUGGUGGCUAAGUAGAAACAUUUCUGCCUAAAACCAUUGUCAUAAAAGCAGAGGCAAUACAUUUUAAAAUGGGACAUAUCACUGAUUCAGCCCUAAAAAGCAUGAACAAAAGUGUUUGUUCUGUUCUAGCUAUAUCUUGUCUAAGUGCAACACUGUUUCAGUGAAAAUAUCUAGCCAUAAGCUUUAAAAAAAAUUGAAAUGCUUAAGCCUGCAGAUAUGUAAUGUGACCACUGUUUUGUGUUGACAGUAUUGGUUUAUACAGUUCUUGCAUUUGAAAGGAAUUUGAUCCUUUCAAAUGAACCUGGUGUAUAUUGUUCUUACGGGACUAUUUCAGUGGUGUAAAUAAUAAAUACCUUUUCUUAAAACA